AAGUUUUCCUUUUAUUUUGUCUUGUUAAUCAAGUAAUGUAUUCCCUUUCUCUAAAUAUAAAUUUUAAGACAAGUGGAUCAAAACAAUAUUCUAGUUUGCUUCAUUGUCAAUUGUCCAAGGAGCUGCUUUUCUAAGUGCCAACAUAAUGCAAGGAUUGAUCCAAGGACUAAGAUCUUGCUGGCAGGAAAGAAUCAAGCUAGCAAUUCUAAGAAAUUCGGGAGGACAUAACCGGAAAAACAUGUUCUCGCGUACCGGUUCCGUGGAAACAGAGGAAAAGGGAUUAGAAAACAUUACAGUAGCAGAUGUAUUGAUCACAAAAGGCGAAGAAAACGUAGGGUCUUGGCUUUGGUGUCGGGUCAACGACAAUGUCGAUGAUGCCAUGAAGAAUAUGGCGCAACAUAACAUUGGGUCAUUGGUGGUGUUAAAACCAGGAGAUCAACUACAUAUUGCAGGGAUCAUCACAGAAAGAGACUACUUGAGAAAGAUCAUUGGGCAAGGGAGAUCACCAAAAUACACAAGAGUGGGGGAAAUCAUGACAGAUGAGAACAAAUUAAUCACAGUGAAAUCUGAUACAAGCAUUCUUCAAGCAAUGCAACUCAUGACAGACAAUCACAUACGACAUGUUCCGGUGAUAGACGGGAGAAUUGUCGGCAUGGUUUCGAUAGUAGACGUUGUACGAGCUGUGGUGGAACAACAAAAUGGUGAAUUGAAACGACUCAAUGACUUCAUUAAAGGGGAAUACUACUAGAACAGAUACAUUUCUACAAGAUAGAUGUCUUCUUUCAUUUCAAUGCAAUGCAAUGCAAUUGUAGUUCAAUAAAACCGAAAAUUGCAUAUAAUUGACAUAAUUUGAUUCUUCUACCGUAUGAAAUUUCGGAUGUUAAUAAUAAGAGAACUAAUUUAUGCUUGAAA